CCUUGGAGAUGUUUCCACUAACUGGGAAGACAAUCAUUUUUGAUAACUUUCCUGAUCCUUCUGACACCUGGGAAAUUACUGAAACCAUUGGAAAAGGCACUUAUGGGAAAGUUUUUAAAGUCUUGAAUAAGAAAAAUGGUCAAAAAGCAGCUGUCAAAAUUCUGGAUCCAGUUCAUGAUAUCGAUGAAGAGAUUGAAGCAGAAUAUAACAUCUUGAAAGCACUUUCUGAUCAUCCCAAUGUGGUUAAAUUCUAUGGGAUUUACUUUAAGAAGGAUAAAGUCAACGGGGAUAAACUGUGGCUGGUUCUGGAGCUGUGCAGCGGAGGGUCGGUGACUGACCUGGUAAAAGGAUUCCUGAAGAGAGGAGAAAGAAUGAGUGAGCCUAUCAUUGCCUACAUUUUACAUGAAGCACUCAUGGGACUUCAACAUUUGCAUAACAACAAAACCAUCCACAGGGAUGUGAAAGGGAACAACAUUCUGCUGACCACAGAGGGAGGGGUUAAACUAGUAGACUUUGGUGUAUCCGCGCAGCUCACCAGCACCCGGCACCGUCGGAACACGUCCGUGGGCACGCCGUUUUGGAUGGCUCCUGAGGUGAUUGCGUGUGAACAGCAACUGGACACCACUUAUGAUGCUCGGUGUGACACUUGGUCCCUGGGUAUCACUGCCAUUGAGCUGGGUGAUGGAGAUCCUCCACUUGCAGACCUGCAUCCCAUGAGAGCCCUCUUCAAAAUCCCCAGGAAUCCACCACCAAAACUAAGGCAGCCUGAGCUGUGGUCAGCAGAGUUCAACGACUUUAUCAGCAAGUGCCUGAUUAAAGAUUAUGAGAAGCGUCCAACAGUGUCAGAUCUGUUGCAGCAUAAAUUCAUUGCCCAAAUUGAAGGCAAAGAUGUGAUGCUACAAAAACAGCUCAUGGAAUUCAUCGACAUUCAUCAAUGUAUGGGAGGCACGGAAAAGGCCAGACACGAACGGAUUCACACCAAGAAAGGAAACUUCAACAGGUCCUUAAUUUCCAAUCUUAAGGAUGUAGAUGAUUUAGCAACCCUAGAAGUUUUGGAUGAGAAUACCAUAUCAGAGCAACUGGAGAAGUGUUAUUCCAGAGAUCAGAUCUACGUCUAUGUGGGCGACAUCCUCAUUGCCCUGAAUCCCUUCCAGAAUCUGGGUCUUUAUUCCACAAAGCAUUCCAGACUCUACAUUGGUGCUAAGAGAACUGCGAAUCCUCCCCACAUCUUUGCAAUGGCUGACUUAGGAUACCAGUCUAUGGUAACAUACAAUUCAGACCAGUGCAUCGUUAUCUCUGGAGAAAGUGGUGCUGGGAAGACUGAAAGUGCUCAUCUGUUAGUGCAGCAGCUGACAGUACUUGGAAAGGCUAACAACAGAGCAUUGCAGGAGAAGAUACUACAGGUGAACAAGUUGGUGGAAGCCUUUGGCAAUGCCUGUACAGUCAUAAACGACAAUUCCAGCCGGUUUGGAAAAUACCUAGAAAUGAAAUUCACCUCUUCAGGAGCUGUAGUGGGAGCACAGAUUUCUGAAUACCUUCUGGAGAAGUCCCGAGUUAUCCAUCAAGCCAUUGGAGAAAAAAAUUUCCAUAUUUUCUACUACGUUUAUGCUGGCUUGGCCGAGAAGAAGAAGCUGGCGCUGUAUAAAUUGCCGGAGAGUAGGCUCCCCAGGUACCUACAAAAUGACCAUCUCAGAACAACACAAGACAUGAUGAAUAAUAGUUUCUACAAAUCUCAGUAUGAAUUAAUUGAGCAAUGCUUCAAAGUCAUAGGUUUUACAAUGGAACAACUUGGAAGUGUGUACAGUAUACUUGCUGCCAUCUUGAACAUUGGGAACAUUGACUUUUCUUCCGUGGCAACCGAACACCAGAUUGACAAGAGCCACAUUUGCAACCACACAGCCCUGGAGAACUCUGCUUCCCUGCUUUGCAUUCAGGCAGAUGAGCUACAAGAAGCUCUCACCUCCCACUGUGUGGUCACUAGAGGGGAGACGAUUAUACGGCCCAACACCGUCGACAAAGCUGCUGAUGUCAGAGACGCUAUGGCUAAGACAUUGUACGGACGACUCUUCAGCUGGAUAGUCAAUCGCAUCAACAGUCUGCUGAAGCAUGACACGUUGCAAAAGGGGGAAGGAGAUGAGCUGAACAUUGGCAUCCUUGAUAUAUUUGGCUUCGAAAAUUUCAAAAAGAACUCCUUUGAGCAGCUGUGCAUUAACAUUGCAAAUGAGCAGAUUCAGUAUUAUUUCAAUCAGCACGUGUUCGCGUGGGAGCAGAAUGAAUACCUAAAUGAAGAGGUUGAUGCCAGAGUUAUUGAAUACGAGGAUAACCGGCCCCUCCUAGAUCUGUUUCUGCAGAAGCCAAUGGGUUUACUCUCCCUACUGGAUGAAGAAAGUAGAUUUCCCAAGGCCACUGAUCAGACCCUCAUUGAAAAGUUUGAAGGAAACUUGAAAUCCCAGUUCUUCUGGAGACCCAAAAGAAUGGAACUCAGCUUUGGGAUUCACCAUUAUGCAGGAAAGGUCCUUUACAGUGCAAGUGGGUUCUUAGCCAAAAACAGGGACACUCUUCCCACUGACAUUGUGCUGCUUUUGAGGUCUUCAGAAAACAGUGUAAUUCGGCAACUUGUCAACUACCCUCUGACAAAAACAGGCAAUCUGCUGCAUUCUAAAACCAAAAACAACAUGAACUACCAAAUGAGGACUUCAGAAAAAUCAAUCAACCUGACAAAGGGCGAAGCCCGAGAGAGCCCACGUCACGGCAGAGAAACAACCAACAUGAAAACACAAACAGUUGCCUCAUAUUUCAGAUAUUCCCUAAUGGAUUUGUUAUCUAAAAUGGUGGUGGGCCAACCUCAUUUUGUCCGUUGCAUCAAACCCAACAAUGAGCGGCAGGCAAGAAAAUAUGACAAAGAAAAAGUGCUACUGCAGCUUCGCUAUACAGGAAUUCUAGAAACAGCAAGAAUUCGAAGACAAGGAUACUCACAUCGCAUACUUUUCGCUAACUUUAUCAAGCGGUACUACGUCCUCUGCUACAAGUCCAGCGAAGAACCCCCUGUGAGUCCUGACACCUGUGCCGCCAUUCUGGAAAAAGCUGGUCUCGAUCAUUGGGCCCUGGGGAAAACCAAAGUCUUUCUUAAAUACUAUCAUGUGGAACAGUUAAACCUAAUGCGAAAGGAAGCCAUCGACAAGCUGAUUUUGAUUCAAGCCUGUGUCAGAGCAUUCUUGGGUUCAAGAAGAUACAAAAAAUUACAACAGAAAAGGAAAGAAAGUGCCAUCGUCCUGCAGUCAGUGGCAAGAGGACAUAUGGUCAGAAAACAGAAAAGAGAGCUCAAUGGGGUGAAAUCCAUAGCAGGAACCACUACCCAGAUUCAUGACCAGGAAUUUGACUACAGGAAAGACUUCCAAAAUAAAAGGGACUUCUUCGGGAUGAAACAAAUGGGGGACACAAACCUUCCUGAAAAUCCCGCCAGCCCAGUGCCACACAAGAGAGGGACCACGUCUCUGGCCACAGUGUCCACACUCAAAGCCCAGGAGGGGGCCGCCAACACUGCAGAGCAAAACAGCAGAGGAUCUGGGAUGCAGAAGAAAAUGCACAGUGUGUAUGGGGAGGACAAGCCUAAGCUAGGGCCAUGCCACUCUGAAAGCCUCAGCUCCAAACACAAGAGCAUCAAAGACCAGAAAGAGACCUGUCGGUUCCCAGAGAAUGGGGAUGGGGCUGACCCCAAAGAAGCUCAGGUGGAAAGCUACCCUAGGCUUGGGCCCGCAGGCUGUAACACUUAUUCGGAGCCUACUACUUGCCAGAGGUCCUUUUAUCAAAAUACAAAGAGUGAGGAGAGAGAGAAGAAGACGUGCAACCAGGAGAGACACUGUCUGAAUCAUGAAAAUGCCCAGGAGACGCAGGCUGCACCAGACUGGCAUGCCGAGGAAGAAGACCGAGCGGCCAUGUUCAUUCAGAGCAAGUACCGUGGCUACAAGAGAAAGCAGCAGGUGCAGAGGGACAUGGCAGCGCCCACUUCAGGGAGCCCGGAAGCUGAAGGAGCAAGCAGCACUCGAAGUCUCUGUUCCCCUUCCAUGAGACCUGAGCCGUUCUGUAAUACCAAGAGCAAAAAGGACAACGAAGCAGAAGCAACUUCAAAGGCAACGGCCUGGAAUGUGGUCCUCUUCUCAAAACAGAUAUCAAAGUUGUCUGAAGACUAUUUCAUUCUGCAGAAAAGACUAAAUGAAAUGAUUAUGUCCCAGCACCUGAAGCCACUUCCCCCCGGCGUCUACCCCCACAAGACAGCUAACAAGCGAGUCUCUUCCCAGCUGUGCCUCUCAGGUAUCUCUAAAGGAGGUGAGCCAAGGUUGCUGAGACCUCCAAGACGACCCCGGAAACCCAAAACAUUGAAUAACCCAGAAGACUCCACCUACUACUACCUACUCCACAAGUCAAUCCAAGAAGAGAAACGAAGGCCAAGGAAAGACAGCCAGGGGAAACUAUUAGAUUUGGAAGAUUUCUAUUAUAAGGGAUUUUUGCCCAGCUGCUCUGCACCAAAGGAACAUAAGCCCAGUUUCAGAGAACGAAGAUCACACCAGGAACUCCAGAAUCAAUAUUUUAAAGCUAAUGAAAGAGGCUGGACGGCGGAGAACCCGGACCAGGAGGACGGCUCGCCGGCAGCCAGCCCCUUCGACUACAGGAGGCUCCUGCGCAAAACCUCCCAGCGCCAGCGCCUGGUUCAGCAGCUGUAG